GAGGGUGCGAGGAAGAACGACGCCGUAGUCGGAGCAACCCGUCGAACAGUGCCGUGUCGUAUAAGCAGUACUUACGGAGCAAGCCGCGAGCAAAGGUUGCUCUCUCCGAAUAGCUUCGAUCUACUUCUGAAUUUCUCUUACAAUUUUUUCAGACACAUGAAAGAUAAGAGGAAAAUAAGAGAAAGAGAAAGAAAAAGAAAAAUCAGCAGUCAGGAAACGAGAAAUUCUUAUCCAUCAAGCAUUAAAAUAUGCUGAUUGUGGCCAUCGAAAUCAGACCUCGAGAAGAAGACGGUCGUUAGCUAGCGGUCGUUGAAAAAAGUGAAAAAGAGUGAAAGAGAGAGAAAGAGAAAAAGAGAGAAAGAGAGAGAAAGAGAGAAAGAGGGAAAGAGAGAGAGAGAGAGAGAGAGAGAGAGAGAAAGAAAAAAGAGACGGAAAGAAAAAAGAGACAGAAAGAAAGAAAAACAUUGAACGAGAGUUGGCAUGGCCGUGCGCGAGAACGUGCGACCUCCGACAAGUCUUCAACUUCCCGGUACGUGACUCAGGAUCUUAGGAAUCGAGAAUCUCGGCGGAGGAUGAGCGCCAAGAUAUCGCUCAGCGGUCGCAAUGCGAGCGGCCAGUCAACUGUGAACCAUCGGAGUGGUAAACCAUCGACAGGAUUGCUCCUCGCAAGACCAUCCGUCAAGAGGCCCUCAUCAUCGACGAAGGUGAGUGGCAUCGAGGAAAGACCCGUGAAACGAGCAGCCGUCAUUAAAGUGGACACAUCGCCUACAGACUCUAACGUUAGGGCGAAAACGAUAACAACUUUGGUGGACCGAGAAGACCAGAACGAGAUGCCAGCCCUUACACGUGCUUGUACUACUGCCACUUUACCGAGAUUUAAGAAAUUUCGAUUUGGAGUAUUGUCUUCGGGAAGAAGUCUCGAUGUAACUGUACCAGAAAUUGGUCGACAACAUCAUCGGCAACGUCAAAAACAACUCGAACUUCCUCUUGAUCGUCGGUAUCAACAACGAGAACAGAAGAAACGAGGAAUAAAAGGUGGUGAAAAAGAAGAAGAAGAAAAAGAGGGAAAAAAGGCAACAACAUCGAUGUCGACUUUAGUGUGUUGCGAGCCGGUCUCGGCCGGACGGCCACGGGACAACCUCAAACUCGUUCUGAAUCGUAGUUUGAGCGAGCCAGGUCCGCCGGCGACGUCUUCAUGCUUCCUCUCGUCGCCGACGUCGCCCGUAUCGCCUAGUCCCUCAACUACCAGCAGCGUCGACAGUUGCAUCACCGACGUUAGCGGAAUAACCGACAUUGCCAGUAGCAUUAGCAGCACCAGCAGCACCAGUAGCAGCGGUAUAAACUGCAAUAGCAUUAGCAGUGGUAGCAGUAGCAGUGGCACCGGUAGCAUCGAUAACGAAACUAUAACGAGCGACGUACAUCGUCACUAUCAUCAUCACCACUAUCAUCAUCAUCAUUAUCAUCACUACCAUCAACAUCAACUUCAUCCGCUCUCAGCUUCGAAACGUUGCAAGCUGGAGACGGUUAGCCUUCCCGCAAGUCCUUGCUCCGAGAGCAACAGUCUCCAAAAACAAUUGGUUCUCCAAAGAACGCGUACGAUAACACCGACCGAACUAGCUCAAAGAAUCUUAGAACAUUCAACGAGCGGUCCUGUACUCCUCGAUUGUCGGCCAUUCAUUCUCUACAACGUGAAUCACAUCAGAGGAGCUAUCAACGUAAACUGUUCCGAUCGAUUCAAUAGACGACGUUUGCAAUUGGGCAAAGCUACUCUGGCUGACCUCGCCACUGCCAGAGAAGGCAAAGAAAUCCUUAGAAGAAAACAGUAUAGAGAAGUCAUCGUUUACGACGAUUGCACCGCCGAGCUUGAAUACCUUCCCGUUCAACAUCCUUUAUUUUUGGUACUAGCUGCUCUCGUUGAAGACAAUCGCGAACCCGCCUUACUUCUCGGUGGACACAAAGAGUUCCACAGGCGGCAUCGAGAAUUCUGCGAGGACACCCUGUUACCGUCCGGUGGUGGUAAUGGCAAUUCUUCCACAACCGUCAGCGGUUGCCCAAGUCCUGGUCCAGGUUGCUCGGUUCUAAGUCUUUCGGGACCACCGACACCACAAGCAGCGGACAUUGAUAGCCAUCCGGCAUCUCGUGUUUUACCCUUUCUUUACCUUGGCAAUGGCAGAGAUGCUGCUGAUCUUCAACUCCUUCGAGCCCUUGGCGCUACUAGAGUAUUGAACGUUACCUCCCAAUUACCAGGAUAUCACGAGGAAAGGGGCAUUACCUACAGACAGAUACCUGCGUCGGAUUCCGGUCAUCAAAAUCUUAAGCAGUAUUUCGAAGAAGCCUUUGACUUUAUCGAGGAAGCACGAAAAGCCGGUAGCAGCGUAUUGGUUCAUUGCCAGGCUGGCGUUUCACGUAGUGCGACGAUCGCCAUCGCGUACAUAAUGCGACAUAAAGGCUUGUCAAUGGUCGAAGCAUAUAAAUUGGUGAAAAAUGCACGGCCGAUUAUCAGUCCGAAUUUAAAUUUUAUGGGGCAGCUUCUCGAAUUAGAGCAGGGACUAAGAGCGUCUGGUGGUGUCACUGGAACGCAACAAACAGAGGAACCCAAGAGUUGUCAUCAGUGUCGUUGGAGUCACCAGCAAAACAGUAGCGAGGAAGUUACUUCCGGUUGCAGCGUUUGAAAGAACGCGUAAGGCGUGCGUGCGCCUGACAUACACACUCCCACACAUACACAUACACAUAUAUGUAACACCUCGCAAAAAGAAACGUACGGACCUGCAAGCUCGUUUUUGUUGUUAUAUAUUACUAUACUAUUACUACUAUUAAUUAUUAUUAUUAUUAUUAUUAUUAUUAUUAUUAUUAUUAUUAUUAUUAUUAUUAUUAUUAUUAUUAUUAUUAUUAUUAUUAUUAUUAUUAUUAUUAUUAUUAUUAUAUUAUUCAUAUCCAUAUUUCUUGGACACAGGGACAACGAUAAUGCUCGUUCCAUCGAUUCAAAACGACGAAAACGUGUAUAGAGAUAAAGAGACGAGGCGGAAGAAACGGUACAUAUCUUAACGCGCAAAUUCAUCGUUCUUCCUGUUCUUUUUUAGAGGGAGAACUUGUUUACCUUGUUACCGUGCCUUGAUGAUCGCCCACUCCCCUCUCGAAAUAUAGGGAAAGGCCGAUUUACAAACGAUUUACUUAUCUAACAACUAACUUACUAAAUGUAUGAGCGUGAAAAAAAGAGAGAAAGGGGUAAAAGAAUAUCUCUGAUCGAACGAAUGCCAAAUUAAGAAAACAAAAGGAAGGGAGAGCACAUUUUUAAUUACGAAAUAUUUGCAAAAUUUUUACCUAGAAAUUGAUUAGCCAGACGAUAUAUAUUUCCGAAUUAUCAUUUAUCUCAAGAAAAAAAAAGAGGAUGUUCGAUCGUUUUUUCUUUUCUAUUCUUUUCUUUUCUUUCGUUUUAUCAAGAACAUGCUCUUUCAAUGCAAGGUUAAACUUGUAAGUACUUACGUGAAAAGUGUUCACGACUUUUGUUUGGCAUAGACAGAUAAUACUGAUUUUAGACUGUUUCUGACAACAUUAAAUUUAGAAUUUAAAGAUAUAUGUAUUUUUAUCAAAGGAUACUAAAAAAGCAAAAAGAGAACAAAAAAAACAAAAAAUACACAGAGACUACUUUAAUGUACUUCGUUGAGAAUCGUUUUCGCAAGAGCGGCGAUCCAUAGAUCCAGUGUUUCGUAUAAUGGUGACGAUACUUGGUAUUAUUGUUGUACAGAAGAUAUAUCUAUUUAAUAUAUCUAUUAAUUUGAUCGAAUUGAAAUAAUCUUUCUUUUUAUUAUUUUCUUUUAGCUUUUUUUUUUAUUACUUUCUCCUUUUGUUUUUGUUUUUCUUUCUUUUUUUUCACUCGCAUUCAUCGUUUGAUCGUGUUUCACAAAAACAUUGCGGACAACACUACUUGAAAAUCGCCAGUUACGAUGCUGAAGAACAUUUUAUUAACAAAAUACUGUCUUGGCAAAUGAAAUUUUGUUAGAAAUUUUUGUGAAAGGGCAUUGAGUUUUACAAAAAAACGAAAAGAGGUAGAGAGAGAGAGAGAGAGAGAGAGAGAGAGAGAGAGAGAGAGAGAGAGAGAGAAAGAGAGAAAGAGAGAAAGAGAACAUUAUUCAGAAAAUAAAUAACCGCAUACAAGCUGUAAGACGAUUAUUAGCCACGUUUAAGUUUUACAUUUGUCUAUUUGUAAUUUGUGCGUCUAUACGAUAAUUGAUAUAAUGUGGUUUAUAUUUGAUAAAUAAUAUGUAUAUCGUUAUAACCAAGAGAAAAGCUUAGACAUUAAACUCCUUAGCAUUUAAGAAUCUGGUUGUGGUCCAACCAUCGUGAUCUAGUCGUUUGUUGGGAUAGAUGGUAUAUAUCUAUGGUACGAGAGCAGCAUAGAAAUAAAGGAAAAAUAAAGAGAGAACGAGUGAGUUCCUUAUCGAAAUCGAUGACGUUCAAAUAUCACUGAAGAAAUUUCUUUUUUCUUUCUCGUUGAUGAAGAACUAUCGAGAAGAAAAUGAACAUACGUUGCGUUGGUAUAUACGUAUUAAGAAUCUAUUACGGGUACGUGGUGGUAGUCAGGAUUAAUCUUUGUAAGUGAAAAUAGAGAUCGUUUGGCUUUGCGAGGAACACAAACUAACUCGAACCACGAAAAAAAGAUGCUUUCGUAAUGACAUAUUUCAUAUAGGGUAUUGCAUAUUAUAUAAUCGUAAGAUAACAUUAUUCACAUCGAAACUUUAACGCGAAUAAGUUCCUGCAACUUUGAUCGUUAUUAGGAAGAAUCGAAUCGAAAAGAGAUUCGUUUUAAAAAGAGAAUUUAUUAUUACAAUCUCGCUUAAAUAUAAGAUUAAGUAGUUGUACAGAAUGAUGUAUGUGUAUAUAUAUAUGACAUUAUGUCAUUAUAUAUAUAUAUAUAUAUAUGGAGCUCGUUGCUAUUAACGAUGACUCUAUCGCAGACAAUAAAAUUGAAGAUAACGAAAGUGGAAGAGUUCCUUCGAUUUCGUCUUUAAUAUUCGCAACGGUACAUAUCAAGGAUACGUCGCCUUUUCAUAAAAAACUGAGAGUUGUAUGUAAGAGGAAGAAAAGAGCACAAAGUUAGUGAUUCAUACGUAUGUCUCUAAGUUGCCGGCAUCUUUUGUUUUUUUUUUUUUUUUUGUAAGAGGAAACGAUGUAAAUACGUAACUAUAAACUGUGUAUGUACGUGAAUGGCUAAAUUAAAUGGACAAACAGUUUUAAAGAGUGUGAAAAUAAAAGUUAAACAGAUAAAGAGAGAGAGAGAGAGAGAGAGAGAGAGAGAGAGAGAGAGAGAGAGAGAAAGAGAUAUUAAGAAAUGUCGACAGAUGUAUUGAUAGAAGAAAAAAAUAGUACCUGUUGCAUCACGAGGAUGUAUGUAUGUAGUGUUUAUCGAAUAGUGGGAAGAUAUUAACAAUAAACAUGUAUAUCGGCAUACGAUAUAAAUACGAGGAAUGUCGUUGCUGUAAUGAUGAUAACGCUUUAACAGACGUUAAUAUUCUCGUGAAUCGUCCGAGAAAAGUUAAUAGCAUGUUGAUAUAUCUCUUUAUUGCUAGUAUUUUUCUGCAACCUAAUGCACAUGUUAAAAUUUGCUUGCACUAUACGUCAUUAAAGUAAAAUAUAUAUACUAUCUGCGGCACGCACACUUUAAGAAAGGGUAUGCACCGUGAUGGUUAAUAUAAAGUAAUCCUUAUAAAUCGAAUCCCAACGAUUUUAUAAUGUACAGCUAUAUGUAGUGAUUGAUAGUAAAAACCAUAAAAAGUAUAGUAUGUAAUUUAUGCGUAAAUGCGUGCAAGUAUUGUAUUAUAUCAAAAUUUAUUUAGUUAUUUUAUGAAUAAAAAUGCAAAUUGAAAGUUCA